AUGUGUUACUACAACAUCUUCUACUUCGAAUGCGGCUGCGAAUCCCAGUCCCCCGCCUUCCAAUUCCCCUGCCGGCCAGCGCGCGCCGGGCAGCGAAGCGUCUACCACGACUUCGACCACCACCACGGCCCACCCCAAGCCUGCCCUCUCUUCAUUGUCCACCGGGAGAGAAUCACCCCCGGCAAAUGCGCCUCUCACAGCCUCCAGGCGCAGCUUGAGAAACGAAUCAAGGCGCUGAAGGACGAAAUCAAACGUUUGAAGGACGACAUUGCGGAGCACCAGGACCUCAUCGAUCAGGAGAAGAAAGUGAGACGGGCUCGGAACCACGGCCGUCCGGGAUACGGAGGACCGGGUGGACAUGGUGAACACGAUAAAUGUGGCGGAGGGCGCGCUUGA